AUUAAGUUGUAAUAAUUUUUUAAAGGAAAUCAUUUGAAAAGAAAAGGUUAUCGAAAGAAAAUGUUGUUUUCUAAUUUAUUUAUGAUGGCGGGAUUGGGGGCCGUUGUGUCUGCGAGGGCAGUUGAGAAGAAUGAACGAUCAUUUCAACGACCCAUAAUUGACCCCUCAUUACCUCGUCCAACUCCCUCCUCACCUCAAUCCUGCAUUUUUAUGCCAUCUCUCCCGAUGCCACCUGUCUCCUUCACAUCCACUCUACCAACAUCUCUUCAUCAUCACCUCCCGAAUGUCCUCCUCUCUCACUCAUUCUUCAACUCAAACCUACCAACUUCUUCUGGCUCCACCGCCCCCAUGAUCUCGACCCUUUCUCUCUCAGAAGUAACUGGCGAUGCUUCCCUUCAAGGGAUUUUCCUCGGCCUCGUCUACACUUCCAUCGACAAAUCCACCUCUGAGCCUCCUUUAGACUCUCUUCCCAAAUCUCAAGUAUCGAAACCAAAAGUAAAACCUCAUUGCCGUCCUCAAUUUCCCAAACCUAAAGUGGAUGAACAAGACGAUUUCGAUAAAUCAUGGGGCCAUAUUAAUAAUCACGAAAUUCGAUCGCCGAUUUUGUCAGUACCACAGUCAAGCCCGUCUACAGAGAUGAGAAGAUGUUUUACAGAGGCGGUGGAAGGAGUUAGGGAGAGUGGACUAGUGGAGGGGACGCUGAAGUUUCCUAAAGAGGGGGGUAAAUUACGAUUUUUGAUUUGGAGGGUCGAUUGAAUAGUAUAGGUUGGGUUGAGAAUAUUUUAAUCUGGUGGGGUUUUUUUAUGAACAGAGGAUAUGGCGAAUGGAUUCGGGACUAGAGAAUCGAAUUUUAAAGGUGUUCAGGGCUGGAUUGGAGUUCGGGCAUUCAUGUCGUACUUUUCAUUUUGAUAUAUAUGAUGUGUACGAGACAAAAAGAGAUAAAACAGGAUGGACAAUUUUGUGCGAUUAUUAAGAACCUCGAAUAACUGCUGGGAAAUGAAUUGCCUCAUGGGCUUUGC